AUGGCUCUGCCGCAUCCAUCCGGUGGGCACACCGGUAGGGCAGCCAGCUAUGACUUGUCGCAGAUACCUACGCAUGAAGACUUUUCGGUUGGGGAGGAAAUACCGAUGCCAGUGUACAGUAAGGUUUAUGGGCGUAUGGACCUUGCCAAUGAGGGCCUGAAAACUCAAGCUUCGAUAAACGACGAGGGUCGAGUUAAUAUUGAUAUCGAUGAGCCCACGUCGCGACUGCGGGCCAUGUUCAAAUUGCCCACGUUCGGAACUCGUUCAAGAGCAACCACGGUUACUGCACCGAUUCUGCCCUCGCGAGACAGGCCACGCGACCAGAAUCCUCCGCCUUUGAAUAUUGUGAUACAGGUUGUUGGAUCCCGCGGUGAUGUUCAACCAUUCAUUGCACUCGGACGAGUUUUGAAAUUCCACCAUGGCCAUCGAGUUCGACUAGCAACACAUGAAAGUUUCCAGGGCUUCGUCGAGGAGAAUGGAUUGGAGUUCUUCAAUAUAGGCGGUGACCCAAUGGAGUUGAUGGCUUUUAUGGUCAAAAACCCGGGACUUAUGCCAGGCUUCGAUGCGCUCAAAAACGGCGAUAUUCGUCGACGCCGAAUGGAGAUUGCGUCGAUCAUCUCAGGCUGCUGGAGGUCGUGCUUUGAAGCUGGAGAUGGUACUGGUAUGCCUGUUUCGGACCGGAACACCGAUUUGAAAAACUUUCAUGGAGGGAAUGUUCCAUUUGUUGCUGAUGCGAUCAUUGCCAAUCCCCCAAGCUUUGCUCAUGUGCAUUGCGCAGAGAAACUUGGGAUACCGCUUCAUAUAAUGUUCACCAUGCCAUGGUCGCCCACACAGGCGUUUCCGCAUCCACUUGCCUCGAUCAACCGUUCAAAUGCAGACGCCGGCAUUACGAAUUAUGUCAGCUAUGCAAUUGUGGAAAUGAUGACCUGGCAAGGACUGGGUGAUAUAAUUAAUCGCUUUCGUGAAAAGAGUCUAGGGCUCGCACCGAUUAGUCUGAUGUGGGCACCGUCGAUGAUAGCGCGGUUGAAGAUACCGCAUACAUAUUGUUGGUCACCUGCUCUGAUUCCCAAACCUAAUGAUUGGGGUAACCAUAUUGAUAUUGCUGGCUUCUACUUUCUUUCACUAGCGUCCAACUACACUCCUUCCGUUGACUUGGCCGCUUUUCUAGACGCAGGACCACCCCCCAUAUACAUUGGGUUUGGAUCGAUUGUGGUGGAUGACCCUAACCAUAUGACGCAACUAAUAUUUGAUGCUGUUCGUCUCACAGGACAGCGUGCCCUUGUGUCAAAGGGAUGGGGUGGUCUUGGAACAGAACAGCUAGGAGUACCAGAAGGUGUUUUCAUGCUUGGGAAUUGUCCACAUGAUUGGCUAUUUCAUCGCGUAUCUUGUGUUGUGCACCAUGGUGGUGCCGGGACCACUGCAGCCGGUAUUGCGGCUGGUCGUUCCACCGUCAUUGUACCAUUCUUCGGAGAUCAACCUUUUUGGGGGGCUAUGGUUGCCAAAGCAGGUGCAGGACCCCAGCCUAUUCCAUAUAAGCAAUUGACAGCGGAAAAACUAGCCGAUGCUAUCAAAUUUGCUUUAGAACCAGCAACAUCAGAAAAAGCGGCGUCACUUGCGGCAAAGAUUGAAGCAGAGCAUGGUUCUGAAGACGGUGCUAUAUCCUUUCAGAAUCAUUUGAAUGUUGAGAAGAUGCGAUGCUCUUUGGACCCGGAUCGUACGGCCGUUUUCCGGAUCAAACGUACACAGGUUCGGUUGAGUGCUCUGGCUUUUGCUGUGCUUAAUGUGGAGGGAAAGCUGGGACUGGAUGAUGUGAAAUUGUAUCGGUCCAAAGAGUACAUGACUGAAGCUGACCCUACCGAUCCUGUCAUUGGAGGUGGUGCAGCCAUGUUAGACAGCAUCGAAGAAUUCCUCAUGGGUUUUGCAGAUUUGUCAAUAGAUGUUAAACGCAGUCUGAACACCAGAAUAGCGAGAUCACGCUCUCAGUCCCCUGCGAGCGUUAGCCGAAAAUCAGCAAGUCAAAGUCCAGCUGGCUCGCCGACUACAGCAGCACGUGCCAAAAUACUCAGCGAUGACGACUCUGUUAAGAACUUGACGGAGAUUAGUACUGUAUCCACGAAAGGGUCUACUUCAAGGCCGCUUUCGGGAGACCUCCAUAGUUCCACUGUACCGACUACAGAUCGACUAUUUGAUGAUUCUACUCGAGUGGAAACUCAGAGUGUAAAUUCCCUCCCUUUACCUAAAGAAACCCGAACUAGGAAACAUGCACGUACGAUCAAUGAUAUCCACGACAUUGAUCUCGACGGAAUCGUUUCCGCAGGAAAAUCAGCAGCGAAGCUUGUAAAUGUUGGUCUCAGAGCUCCCGCAAGCUUUACAAUGGCGGUCGCCAAAGGCUUUCAUAACGCACCAUUACUAUACGGUGACGAUACCGUUCGUGAGCAACCAAAGGUAACUGGUAUCAAAAGUGGCUUCAAGGCGGCCGGGAAGGAAUUUGGAUACGGAUUCUAUGACGGUAUAUCUGGCCUUGCGACUCAACCGGUUCAAGGUGUUAUAAAAGAAGGUCCUGUUGGCGCUAUCAAAGGCAUUACCAAGGGCAUCGGUGGUCUUAUUUUCAAGCCUGCGGCAGCCGUCUGGUCGUUGACUGGUUACCCGAUGAGCGGGAUUUACAAAGAGAUUCAGAAACGGUUUGGCGAGAGUGUGGAAAAUUACAUCAUGGCAUCCCGAUGUGCCCAAGGACUGGCUGAUCUUUCGAAUUGCACAACAGAAGAGAAGGAAAACAUAUUGAUGAACUGGUCAUAUUAUGAAGCAGAUAUCGUAGCAAAGAGAAAUGCACGACGCAACCGUAAGAAGAGCAACGGCACUGGGAAGAGAGCCAGGUCAGGAACUAUAGGAGACCGGAGCAAAGACGGCGAAAACACUGCAUCUGAGCGAGAUACGGAAUCAGUGAAAGCAGCGGAAAGGGCAAAUCGUCGUCAAUCACUGCGCCAGCUCUUUCGUGGCCGCUCUAAUUCUUCACCACCUCCAAGGACGUCAACACCUGAUUCAGCGCUUCCGGAUGAGUAUGAACAUGCCAUCCGACAUUCGGUGCUUGCAACGUCACAGAGAAAUGAUACCGAGGAUGAAAUGAUUGAACGUGCCCUGCGAGCUAGUAUGACAGAAUUAAGAGAUGCGAAAGCAGAUGGUGAGGAAGAGGAACGAGCGUACAGCCUUGCAGUGGAGGCAAGUAUCCGAGAAGCUGAGCGGGUGAUUGAAGAAAAGAAAAGGGAGCGCGAAGCACGAGGUACUGUGAGUGAAGUCGAAAAAUCGAACCAUAUCCAUGCACCUGAAUCGCAACCCCGCUCGAAAUCGGCAGAUGAAGCAGGCAAAGAACAACGAAAAUACCCACCGAAGUUACCACCGCGCAGUUCUGUGUCUGCAGAUCACGAUGCAGAAAUGGAGAAUGCAUUGAAGGAAUCUAAAAAAAGUUACGAAGAUGAUCUUCGACGAGAGAAGGAAGAAAUGGACAUUUUAGUUGAGUACGUCAAACGCCAGAGUUUGGCUGAAGCCGAGCAGCAGAAACAGCAACAGAAGCCAGCGGAUGUACAGCAGGAGAAAGCUAUGGAAUCAUAG